AUGAUCACACCACUGCUCCUCUCUGGCCUCGUGGCCAUGGCCGCGGCACAGGCCACGAACACAAGCUCGCAAGCAUGCGUCUCCGGUAAUGCGGUGCACUUGAUAGUGGCCCGCGCCUCCCUCGAGCCGCCGGGGUUUGGCGUCCUCGCCAACAUUUCGACACGCGUGAUCGAGCAGCUGCCCGGAUCCAACGCCGAGGCCGUCGUGUACCCGGCCACGCUCGACAUGUACCCGAACUCAGAAGGCCAGGGCGUCACCGCGAUGACCCAGCUCGUCAACAGCUAUGCCCAGGCGUGCCCAAGCAGCAAGAUGGUCCUGAUGGGGUACUCCCAGGGCGCGCAGGUCACGGCGGACACUGUGUGUGGCUCGACGGUCAGCGGAUUCGCCAAGACGCAGGCCAUUUCGACAAGCGUUUUGGACAAGGUCUCUGCGAUUAUGUUGAUGGGCGACCCUACGCACGCUAUAAACCAGCCCUAUGACGAGGGAACUUCGACGAAGAAUGGGGUCUUCCCGCGCAACGAUAGUUCCGGUUGUGCUCCUGUGGCGAACAAGAUGGUGUCAUUCUGCAACUCCGGCGACACCUUCUGCGACUCGGGCCAGAACCUCACCGUGCAUCUGUCUUAUGUUCAGGAUAACGGGACCUCGGCUGUCAACUUUAUUACCCAGAAAGUAAAGGGUGGAUCGGGCAGCAGCAACAGCUCUAGUUCCUCUGGUUCCUCUGGAUCCAGCUCAGGCUCGGGAACCGUAACGACCAAUGCCGCAGCGCGGGGCGUAGCAGUUCCGGCGGGCUUUGCGCUGUUAGCAGAAGCCGCGAGGAUGCUGGCCGUGUGA